AUGACAACCCCCCAGAAUGUCCCGGCCAAGCGCCUCAAGCGCGAAGAAUACCGUCGCGAACUCCAAGCGCAACAAGAGUCCACCGACUCCGUGAUCAAGAUGCCGCAGAAGAAAUUCUUCCGUCAGCGCGCGCAUGCGAAUCCCUUCUCCGACCACAGACUGGAAUAUCCCCUAAGCCCCGCGCACAUGGACUGGUCCUCCCACUACCCGGCCUUCGUUGAUCCAGAUCCCACCAAGACGACUCUCAGUGGUGCGCGCAAGCUGACCAAGGAUGUUGAGGUGGUGGAUAUUGGAUGUGGAUUCGGUGGGUUGAUGGUUGGUUUGGCGCCAUUGUUGCCGGAUACAUUGAUGGUUGGCAUGGAAAUCCGGACCUCAGUGCUGGAAUAUCUCAGCUCGCGCAUCCAUGCUCUCCGCAGUCAACAACAGCGUCUGAAAGCUCAAGCUGAACCUACUGAACAGCAGCCUGAAGAAGAACUUCACGAUGACGAUGUCGGAACCACCAAGAUCUACCCUGGAAACUUUGAGAACAUCACCGCCAUCCGCAGCAACACUAUGAAAUUCCUGCCUAAUUUCUUUGGGCACCAUCAACUCUCCAAGAUCUUCAUCUGUUUCCCGGAUCCGCAUUUCAAAGCGCGGAAACAUAAGGCGCGCAUUGUUUCUGAGUCCCUGAACACGGAAUAUGCCUAUGUGCUGCGCCCUGGUGGUCUGUUGUACACGAUUACUGAUGUCGAAGAGUACCACCAGUGGGUUCUGCGACACUUCCUGCAUCAGCCUGAGGAGCAGCUGGAGGAUGGAACAAUCCCAGCUAGUAGUAAGGAUCUCUUUGAGAGGGUAUCUGAUGAGGAACUUGAAGCCGAUCCUUGUGUGCGGGUGAUGAAGUACGAGACGGAGGAGUCGAAGAAGGUGACACGCAACAACGGAAAGAAGUUUGUUGCUGUAUUCCGACGCAAGGCAGACCCUGAGUGGCCUGCUUGA